UUUGAGUUUUUCACCGGUUGAACUGGCUCUUCCUCUAUUGACGACUGAUUCCUUGUCAAAGAUUGAAGGAAGGAAACAGAAGAUUGUUGUUACGAAACCAAAGAUGAAAUUCGCAUUUUUUAUACACUAAAAUAAUGUAAUUUAUAGUGCAUCUAAUUAUGUGAACCGCUUGUUAAACAGUUGCUGGAGUAGUAACUGCUUGUAAACAAGAUGGAUACACACAGUGAAGAAAUGUCGGGAUAUUAUUUAAAGAAACUUUCAAAGGGAGACAACAAGAUCACUCUGACAAAUUGUUAUUCUGAAGCUAUUCCAGACAAACUUGACCUUGAGCGAUUUGAAAGAGGUCAACAAUUUUUCAGGCAAAACAUUUCAGCAUGCCUUUUCACAAUGAUGUGUUCACUGGUAUGUGGUUUGUGUGUCACUAACUUGUUAGAGCCGUUGGUCUUCACUGGAAAAUCAGAUACACCUCGGAAAUCUUUAAUUAGAUAUCUUAAAACAAUGGCUCAUGUUGUACAAUGGCAUUGUGGGAAUGUUUGGGAUAUGAAUUCAAAAGCAAGAAAAUCUCUCCAGACAGUGUGUGGAUUACAUGACAGAACAAGGGUUGAUAUGAUGAAGAAGAUGGAUAAAUUGUAUGUUUCCCAGUACGACAUGACGCUUGUCCAGGCGGGAUUUAUGGGCGCUAUUAUCAUGUAUCCUAAACAGUUUGGUAUAAAAGCUAGUCAAGAGGAUCUUAAAGAUUAUGUUUAUUUUUGGAGGUGGAUAGGAUAUUUGUUAGGGAUGGAAGACAGAAAUAAUAUCUGCAUAAACUCUUUAGAAGAAGCCGUUGCUAUUUGUCAUGAAAUAGAGAAUGACAUUGUCUAUCCGGCGUUACACAAACCUCCGCCACAUUUUCAUCACAUGGCCAAAGCUUUUACAGAUGGAUCCAAUAUCUUGCGCAGUUUUAAAUUUUUUACACCUGAAUCGGUUAUUUCAUUUUCGUUGGAUUUGGCAAAAAAGGAAAGACUCUCACAUUCAUUUGUGGACAAAAUCAGAAUUAUUUUCUUGAAGGUGUUUGUAAAUCUAAUCUAUUAUUCCAGUUUAUUUAGAAAUUUUAUGAACAGAAAUGUAGAACACUUAUGUCUUGCUAUACAAGAUAAAAGGUUUGAUGCUGGUGAUGGUUAAUAAUUUUAUGUUUAAUUCUCAUAAUUUAUUAUAUGUGUAAUUAUUUUCUAAAAGCUGUUCUGGUAGAUCUUUUUAUUGUUCAAAUUUGCACAGAUAUGGCAUAAGAUGCCUUUCUGUUAAAUUGAAAAUAUUUUAUAAAAGUCGAUAUGGUCAUAAUAGUCAAUGAUACACAUGGAUACAGGAGUUGUAUUUUUAAUUUGUAAAUAGUUUUUUAGAAGUAUUUAUAUGUUUAUUGAAUUUUUGAAUAAUUUACUGUUAUUCUCUAUUUACAUGAUUGACUAAGAUCUUUGUUUUUAAUAAGAUUAUUUUUAUAACAUUGUUGAAAUAAAAAUUGAAUUUA